AUGUUCUUAUACGAGCGGCUCGGCGGAGGCGGGCUGGGGCUGGGCGGCGGCGGCUUCCGCGGCGGCGCGCAGCCCUCGCUCGCCGACUUCCAGCCGCCGUACUUCCCGCCACCAUUCGCGCCGGCACCGCACCCGGCGAGCCCGCACCAUCAACAACAGCGGCGCAUAUUAUUAUUCCGCGGUGGCGCGCAGCCCUCGCUCGCCGACUUCCAGCCGCCGUACUUCCCGCCGCCGUUCGCGCCGGCACCGCACCCGGCGAGCCCGCACCAUCAACAACAGGCGGCUUCCGCGGCGGCGCGCAGCCCUCGCUCGCCGACUUCCAGCCGCCGUACUUCCCGCCGCCGUUCGCGCCGGCACCGCACCCGGCAAGCCCGCACCAUCAACAACAGGUAUAGAGAAGCCACAAGGGCCUUGAUAACAGGCGGCUCCCAUACAACCAGGUUACCAACUACAUGCGGCGCGCAGCCCUCGCUCGCCGACUUCCAGCCGCCGUACUUCCCGCCGCCGUUACCAACUACAGGCGGCGCGCAGCCCCCGCUCGCCGACUUCCAGCCGCCGUACUUCCCGCCGCCGUUCGCGCCGGCACCGCACCCGGCGAGCCCGCACCAUCAACAACAGGACAGUAAAGCCCGCGCAUACAAACCUCCGACCAUAGGCGGCUUCCGCGGCGGCGAGCAGCCCUCUCGCCGACUUCCAGCCGCCGUACUUCCCGCCGCCGUUCGCGCCGGCACCGCACCCGGCGAGCCCGCACCAUCAACAACAGGCGGGUUCCGCGGUGGCGCGCAGCCCUCGCCCGCCGACUUCCAGCCGCCGUACUUCCCGCCGCCGUUCGCGCCGGCACCGCACCCGGCGAGCCCGCACCAUCAACAACAGAGCCAUGGCAUGGAAUACGGCGGCGGCGGCGGCGGCGGCGCGGAGUACGCGCAGCACUACGCGCCGCAGCAGCUGCUGCCGCGGCACCACGCGCACCACGAACCGCACCAUCUGCGCCACCACCGCGACCACCACGACCCCAUCCAUGCGCACCACUUAUCGCACGGAGGGUUCAGCUACGGCGGCGGCGAGCGACGAGCGGAUUAUGGUGCGAGGGAACAACACGAGCUGGCGUUACACCACGCGCUACAUUCCGCCGAAGAAGCGCCGAAUGCGGCGAUGGACGACACUACAGGGUUCAUGACGGAUCUCCCUCUACUUAAAACAAUGAAGGGGCGCGACGGCCUCGGCGGCUCGGGCUCUUGCGCGCCAAACGACGUGUUCUGCUCAGUACCAGGCCGACUGUCGCUGCUGUCAUCCACCAGCAAGUACAAGGUCACCGUGGCGGAGGUGCAGCGCCGGCUGUCGCCGCCGGAGUGCCUCAACGCGUCGCUGCUAGGUGGCGUGCUGCGGAGAGCAAAAAGUAAAAAUGGCGGGCGCCUUCUCCGCGAGAAGCUGGAGAAGAUUGGGCUGAACCUGCCGGCUGGGCGGCGGAAAGCCGCUAACGUCACGCUGCUCACUUCUCUAGUCGAAGCGGAAGCAGUGCACCUAGCACGUGACUUCGGCUACGUGUGCGAGACGGAGUUUCCCGCGCGUGCGCUGGCCGAGUACCUCGCGCGGCAGUACGCGGAGCACGACGCGCGUCGCCGCAGGGACUUGCUGCAGGCUACUAAACAGGUGACAAAGGAGCUAAUGGACCUGCUGAAUCAGGAUCGGUCGCCGCUGUGCAACACGCGGCCGCCUCACCUGCUAGAACCAGCUAUUCAGAGGCACCUCACGCACUUCUCGCUCAUCUCGCACGGGUUCGGUGGCCCGGCCAUCGUGGCCGCUCUCACUGCGAUACAAAAUUUCCUCAACGAGUCCUUGAAGCAUUUAGACAAAUUAUAUCCCCAAAGCGGCAUGGUGUCUUCGUCUAUGGACAAAACAAAAAUGGACCCUGACAUUAAGAAGUAACAAAAGUAUCACGACGUUUUCGUCGGAUUAUUCUCAACGCGCACACUCAAGACGAGCCAGUCGGGCUAUACGGGACUUAUGAUACUUUUUACCACUAGCAAGACCUUAAUGUUGCCUGUAGAAAAAAGUAUCAAAACUUUUUAAUAUCCUAAAAUUCUAAACUGCCAUUGACAGGUAUAGCGUGAGAUUGCGUAUUUAUUUUUAUGAACGUCUGUGGUGACCCGCAUACAAAUAAAGUGCAAUUAUAAUACUCAAGAUUGUGAAAAAGUGUACAUAUAGAUAGCGUAUGAACUGUAGUAUUAAUUAAGCAUUUAUAGUGUACUUAACGUAAUUUUGAUUGCUCGUUGACUAAGGUUACAAAAUGUUUUUUUACAUGGAUUAUGAAUAGAUUUUCACGGCAUCCACCGCAAUAAGAAAACAUAUCAAAAUGUUAAUUGUAAAUAAACUAGAAUAUUUGAAUGAAUUUACAUUUUUCACGAAUAACAAGAAUAAAUAAAAUUGGUUGUAUAUUUUGGUGAACAUAGUUUUUUUUAUAUGACUGAGCUCACUAUAAAGGGUUUCAAAACCUUUUUAUUUUAUUAUUGCUUCUAAAAAGUUACUUUUUGAUUAAUAAAUUUUACCAAGAGGUUUUAAUUU